GGCCCGGCAGACCAAGCGACAGACGUGUUUGUUGACAUUGGCAGUGCACUGCUGCGGUGUGGUGCGGUGCGACCAAAAUGGAGCUCUCAUCGUUUUCCAAGUGGAGGCUUUGGAUAGUGUCGACGGUGUUCGGCACACCGAUGCCAGACCCGCCAGAGGUUGAGAUCAGCAGCUAUGAGGUACCCUCGGGCCCCAUGGAAGUUUGGACCGUGCACACCGUCGAGGGAUGCCGACGCGGGAUUAAAGAAUUACUCAGGCGGCUGCGACGAACCGGGACUUCCCACGUCGGACUGGACGCCGAGUGGAAUCCCCGUGGCCGGUGGAAGGUCGCCCUGCUUCAGCUGGCCACAAUGGACGGCUUCUGCCUGCUGAUCCAGCUGCACCGCAUGACAGGCUGUGUGCCAAAGGAGCUAACGGAUCUGCUGGAAAAUCGACAAAUUCUGAAGGUCGGCGUUGAGGUACUUCGAGAUUGCGAGCGUUUGACAUUGGCAAACUGCCCCUGCAUUCCACCUAAUGUUGACUAUAAGGGAUGUCUAGACUUGAAAUAUCUUGUCGAAGACAUGAAAGGCCAGCAGCAGAAAUUUAAGAAGAGUACUCUUUCUCUAGAAGACCUGGCAGCGCAUGCCGAAGUUCCCUUUCAAAAGGACAAAUCCCAAACGUGCAGCGACUGGGAGUUGGACCGUCUGGAUCCUGAUCAACAGAUGUAUGCUGCCCAGGACGCCGUUAUUGGUGCCAAGAUAUUCUCCAAACGUCAUGGAAAGGUCAACAUAGAUAAUGCCAUCGACCAAAAAUAUUCCAGUAAAACUCAAUCGCGGAGGGAUGCUUCUCCUGCAUGCGAUGAUGAUGAAGAGUGCGACGGAUGUGGCAUCUUGAAGGCAGUCAAGACACUGAAGACUCCAAAGCUUGUUCCAGUUAAAUACGAAAAGCUGCUGCCAGGUCCGCUGAAAAACUGGGAUACGUCCAUGCUCUUCUGCGGGAACUGUCAGAAGACGUGGUUUGAACGACAGCGUGAGACACAGCAGUCCCUUGACGUAGCGCAGUGGAAUAGAGGAAAGCAUGCCAUGGCCGUUGUGGCGUCCUAUGAAGAUAAGGGGUUGGUGAAGCUCGUUCGGCUAUUUGUUGACAAGUUUCACCAUACUGUUAAUCAGGAGCUGCGAGGCAACCAUAUCAGGCCGCUUCCCAAUACUUGGCUGGAAGACGUCUACCAGAAACACCUACCCAACAUCUAUAAACACGUGUCCUCAUUGAGUGAGGACGAGCGCGAGGAUGUUCGGCGGAGGAUUUUUGGACCCCUCCAGCUUGUCGACCUGGCUGAGAUGGACAGUAUGACGACCCGUGGCUAGCAGCGUCGCGUGUCGCAACCAUCAUCAGUAACGCGCACGCUGAUGCUGUCUAGCCAUUAUCAUAUCUCGGCUACAGUGCUGCGCACAAGCCCAUGCUAAUCUAGAUCAGGGCUAUAGUACCAGAGUUGAGGUAUCUAUAUAGUUGUGUCGUCAUCUACUUGUCGAUGGUCCAGGUCCUUCUAUUUCGCCUAUUUUAUACCAUCGCCCAUACUAAGCGACAUCAGGGCUAAAUCAGCAUCCCAGUAAAGGCGCUGCACGUUAUUAUUUAGCCAGGCCCAUGUUAAUCGAAAUCAGGGCUGGCAUAUCGGCACCAUUAGAAAGUCGUCACCGCAAAUGUCAUCAAUUAUACGCCUCUGGUGUAUGGAUAAUGCCCAUGUUAUUUAAUAUCCGGGCUAGUUAACCAACUGAUACGUCGCCAUAAAUGACAUCGCGACGUCGAAUGUGAAAAAAACCGAUCAACCAAACGGGGCUUAUUGCACGUCGCCGCACUAUAGUGUCGCUUGUCGCCGACAGUGACGCUGGCGGAUCAACUGCCUAUUGCCCCGGUUCAAAGCACACACGUGUCAUCUGCGUAGCGUAUUUUAUCGGGAACUCGAUUAUUAGUCUACUAUGGAUUCUUCCUGAUUUCUACAGGUCAGCUGUCAGGCAUUUAAGAGUAAGUCUGCGUAUGCGCUGUGACUUGUCGUUAAAAACCGUGAAACCCGAUAUUGACUCCAUUUAAUCGUGUUGUUAUUGAUUCAAUAGACCGUCGUUCACCAUGAUGUUGAUCUGUCCGUUUCAAUAGAUCGGUGUCCGUUUUAGGUCGCAGUGUGCACUGUUCACUGUUCGACUGUUGAAACUAGUAGGUACUAUCGCAUCGUGUCGUGUCGGCCCCGCCGCGGUUCAGCCCGCCCCGGUCCGCCCCAACUCCGACCCGUCGAGGGGGCUGCUGCGCGAGCCGCGGGGGCGGACCGGGGCGGCAAAGUGUAACCAGCAAAUGAUUUAUGGCGGGGAGGGGGCGAGUAGAGAAGUGCUGUAUGCAUUUCACGUGUAGCAACGUCUUGCUGUCGUCGCUAAUACAUUUUGUCUGUAUCGUUACAA